AUGAACGCAAGUUUGGUUCGAGUAACUGUUUUACUUGUGCUGUUGCUUAUUGGUGAAACGCUUAUAGCUGAGGCGUUCAUUGUUCCGAAGGCGGAUUUGUUAAAUGCACGUGUCAAACGGCAGUGGGGUGGCUGGGGCGGCUAUGGAGGUUGGGGUUGUGGUUAUUGGUAUGGUGGAUACGGUGGUUAUUGUGGAUGGGGAGGUUACGGAGGUUAUGGAGGUUAUGGAGGUUAUUAUGGAGGUGGCUGGGGACGAUAG